CAACCUGCUCGAAAGAAAACUUAGGCAAGCAUGUCUUGCAGUCUGCUGUAUGGAGGCGCUGGUGUGGCGAUCAUGCGGAGCACUUGUAUCAGGUCAAGGGUAGGGAGGAGAAAUCAAAAGAUGGACAAGAGUCACCUUUCAAGGCCGUGCAAUGAGGCUUUCUCUCCGCCUUAUGGAACUAGCAUGAAAGUUGGCUUUGUUCAGCAAAGCAGCUAUUAUAUAUAUUUCAUCAUUAGCUUUCAGGGCUCUUAAAAAACCGAUGAACGGAAGGGGUGUCACAGAUGGGAGAGUCCAAGGAGCAGGGACUUGCAGGCUUCGAGGUACGAACGGACGUCAGAUGAGGUGCGGCUGGCUCUCUACUGCUGCUCAGAAUAGGGGACACAGCUCCGCGGCAUUGACAAUCACUAGGCUGGUGCUUGGUAGUCCCAACUGCAGCGAAAAUCCGCUAGAAAAGCCACCAGCUGAUCCCCCGAGCUCAGAUUGGGGACUUUCUUUCUUCACCGUCUCCUUCUUCGGCGUUUCUCUCCUUUCGGCGGCUCUCAUGUUCUGCGCCCGCGACGCGACCCUCUUCACUCUCGCGCUGAUGCUCGUGCUGGCAGUCGUUUCGUUUACCAUCGCUUAUAAUCCGCUCGAGGAAGACGCAAAGAAGGGCGAGUUCCAGCCUCGACAACCGGGGCUUCCACCCGGGUGGCACAACCUGUAUCACCGUGAAGAACAGCUCACCUUCUACUACAACUCGGAAACGAAAGUCUCCCAGUGGGAGGCCCCCGAGCUUCUGAUCUCGCCAGCAGCCCCUGACGUCAGCCAGACGUCAGACGAUCUGGUAGCAUCCUACCCCCUCCCGGCGCUCGUGCUCGCGCUCAGUCCCCUCCCCUUCGGGGUGGAAAGCAGCACCUUCGACUUCUUCCAAUGGACCGUGACUGUCGGGGUUUUUUGGGAGAGUGUUCUCUGCCUGGCGCUUCUUGCGAGCAUCGGCUAUGAGAUCCAAUCGCUUAUGGCGACGUUGAAGCGCGCGGCGCGCGCGCGACUGCCGCCGUGCGAACCGGCCGGGGACUCGUCUCUCAUCACCAACCUGUUCUGCGCGUUGUGCCCCUCGCUCGGGUGGAGGCUUCACCCGUUCGCGUUUGGCCUCAGCUUCCGGCGGAUCGUCAUUUUGCCGCUUCCCAGCAAAGUUCCGUUUCCGGUUCCGGUCCCUCGGUGGGAGCUUCUACCGGGCACUUUGGUCGCCUUUCUCUACAUUGCCCCCAUGAUUCUUCCACUGGUGAGGUGCCUUGCAGCAGCGGCCGAGAGGUCCCAAGCACUUGGCCCGAGCACCUUGCUUAGAAUUCUGCUGUCGUCGCCUGUCGUUUACGUAGGAGUGUUUGCGGCGGUUGCAACGGCGCUCAUUCGCUGGCAGAAAGAGGCGUACGAAAGAGCGCUUGCUGAGUUUGAGAGGACGAGUGAACGGACGGAACUGCAGGAGACAAUGUCUGGGAAGAUUGAGGGAGGUGAAAGUCGGCCUGGGGUUUUGGAUGAUGCUUUCGAAAACCUGCUGAAGAAGGACUUUGACGCGAGGCUAGGUGGUGGUGGUCCGUAAAUUGGUUAUACAUCGAGGAUCUUAUUCGCAUGUUUCAG